AUGACAAGCAAGAAUCAACAGGACUUGCUCCAGGCUCUCGAGGCUCACGGACAACAAUUUCUUAGCUCGUUCUCAUCGCCGGUUGUGCUAGGGAAAAGAAAAAACACCGGAGAUACAAGCUCAAGAAAGACCAAGAAGGAAAAGAUGCAAGAAGUCUACAUGGAAGAGGAAUGGUCAGGGAUCCGUUAUUCUGAUGAAGACCAAAGCGAGGAUGAAGAUGAAGAUUUGGUUGAGAGUGGUUUCUCAGACGUUUUAAGUGAUGUGCCCGGCGAAGUGCACCGGAGCGUGAAGACAAAUCCAUCGAAUGUGGUUGUCUUUUCGGACGAGCACUCAAGGAGUGCACCCCCAGCGCCCAAAAUGACCAAGGCACAAAUGAAAGCCUUCAUGUCGUCAAAAGUCACAAGGCUUACGCAAGACGUUCAAGAUCAAUCAUCCGGGGACGAGCCUGAAAAUGAAGAUGAGGAAAAGACAAAUGCACAAAACGAUGCACUACUCCAUCGUCUCGUACACACUCGCAUACUGUCUGGCUCUCUCAAUCCGGAUUUGGAUCUCACGCCAGCACAGCGGAAGAAAGCCUUGGCCGGUCGCGUUCUCGAAGCCGCUGGAAAAGCGAAAUUGGGGAAGGGCGAAGGCAUAGUGCGCGCUGCCGAGCGGAAUAAAGCGGCAAAGCGGGUCCGCGAAGGUAUGGUUACGAAGCAGAUAGAACGGAGCCAGAAGGAGCUGGAAGAGGCAAAACAGCUGGGGAACUAUCAUCCUACCCUAAAGAAGUUGUAUGAUGCCUCUUCUCAGACGCAUUCCAAGAGAAAGAGGACGAAGGGGCUUGGAAUGGGCGUGGGGACAUUCAAAGGCGGUGUACUCAAGCUAAGCAAAGCGGAUAUCAGUUUAAUGCAAGAUAGCGGAAGUAGGAAACACCAAGGUUUCAAUAAAAGGGGUGGCAAGAGACGCUGA